GGAAGUUUGGGUGCUUGAAGCUGCCAUAUUGGAAGCGGGGGAGAAAAAAAGGAGAGAGAACAUAGAGAAAGGGAAAUAGAUUCGAACUGAGAGAUGAGCAGCAACAGCAAUAAGAGAGCACCAACAACUGCAACUCAGAGGUUAAAGCAGGACUACUUGAGGAUUAAGAAAGACCCAGUGCCUUACAUCUGUGCAGAACCCCUUCCUUCAAACAUACUAGAAUGGCACUAUGUAGUACGAGGGCCUGAGACGACACCAUAUGAAGGUGGUUAUUACCAUGGGAAACUUAUAUUUCCACGAGAAUUUCCAUUCAAGCCUCCUAGUAUUUAUAUGAUCACUCCUAACGGAAGAUUUAAAUGUAACACACGUUUAUGUCUUUCAAUCACAGACUUCCAUCCGGAUACUUGGAACCCUGCCUGGUCGGUCUCUACAAUUCUAACUGGUCUUCUCAGCUUUAUGGUGGAAAAGGGACCCACACUGGGCAGCAUAGAGACCUCAGACUUUACGAAACGGCAAUUAGCGGCACAAAGUUUAGCAUUUAACUUAAAGGAUAAAGUUUUCUGUGAGCUGUUCCCAGAAGUAGUAGAGGAAAUAAAACAAAAACAGCGUGCACAAGAAGAAAUCAGCAACAGGCCACAAACUCUCCCUCUCCCAGAUGUCGUACCAGACUCAGAAGCUCAUCACGGCCAAAAUGGAGCUGCAAUUCUAAAUGGUCAUAUUCCAUUGGCAGCAGCAAAUCACCUCGGCCUGCAACAGCCAAAUCGCAACCAUGGACUUCUUGGGGGUGCCUUGGCUAAUGUGUUUGUUAUAGUUGGGUUUGCAGCUUUUGCCUACACUGUAAAAUAUGUACUGAGAAGCAUAGCUCAAGAAUGAAGAGUUUUCCUGGAAACUUGGGGAAUUGGAGACCAAACUAGCGCUAGUCACGAAAAACAAACUGUAAAAAUGUGUUGGACUAAGUCAGCACUAUUCUCGGGUCAUAACUAUUCGUGCUACUUUCGUAAAGGUGAUAUCAGUUGGCUCAUGGAUUUAUCAUAUAUAUAUAUUAUUAUUAUUAUUAUUAUAUAUAUUUGUUUUUUGUUUUUUAAAGAAAGCAAGAAGAGUGGUCAAGUGCGGACCGAGGCAGCAAACAAAAUGGCAACUGCAGAUCCAUUUAUGUUCACUGCAGUCAGUUUCUGUGGUUGAAACAAUGUGCUCUAGCUACCAGUAUACUCUCUUUCUACCACCUGCUUGAUACAAAAAAGAAAUUGGUGAAUGUUUAAAGCAAAUUGCCCUUUUAUGUAAGGGAUAGUUGGCAGGCAGUAGUUCUGCUAUGACCACCUUUGAGAAGUUUGAAACCGCCUGUGACCAUGCAACUACUAAAUUCACUACACCAUGAAGAUGUAGUAACCUAAAUAUUGUUCGGUUUUGAACUGCAGCCAUUAGUAAUUGUUUCUUUAAAACUGUACACUUGUUUGUGUGUUUCUUUUUAAAUUAAGAGAGGUUUUAGUGUCAAAAGGACGAUUGUAUUUUAAAAAUUAACCAUGUAGAACUGAUAUGCCAAUUGAAAUUCCUAAACGAUUUGAUAUAAGCUGUAUUAGAUGGCUUUAGGUCCUCCGAAUAAAUGAUCAUUUACAUGAUAUGUUAAAACCAAAGGCCUUCUCUGUGGCCAAUGGAAAUUCAUAAUAUUUUAAAGGGACAGUCUACUCCCAGAAUUUUUAUUGUUUAAAAAGAUAGAUAAUUCCUUUAUUACCCAUUCCCCAGUUUUGCAUAACCAGCACUGUUAUAUUAAUGCACUUUUUAUCUCUGUGAUAACCUUAUAUCUAAGCCUCUGUCAAAAGAACUGAAAUAAGGGGGCAGUCUGCAGACUUGCAUUAUAGCCAAUCAGUGCUGACUCCUAGGGUACUCCACGGGAGUGAGCACAAUGUUAUCUUUAUGGCACAUAUGUACUGAGAUACGAGGCAGCCUUUAAGGGCUUAAAAAUUAGCAUAUGAGCCUACCAAGGUUUAGCUUUCAACAAAUAAUACCAAGAGAACAAAGCAAAUUUGAUGAUAAAAGUUAAUUGAAAAGUUGUUUAAAAUUGCAUGCCCUAUCUGAAUCAUGAAAGUUUAAUUUUGACUAGACUGUCCCUUUUAAUACAGUAUCUAGCUUACAGUGUGCAGUAGCUCUUCAUAUUCAAAAGAACCAUAUUAUUUCAUAUUGAGCAAAUAUGUCAAAUUUAACACAUUUAAAAAAUUGUUAAGCACUUUUUACCAAUAGAAAAGGGUAAAAGGGAUAUAAGAAACAAGUUUAUUUUAAAGAAAAACAAACACUUUAGUCUUAUGUAUUGAAAACUGUUCAAAAUGUGACAUUCUGAUAAAUUGGAUAUGUAUCUAACUAUGACCAACCACAGUAGAUAAUCUAGCACUGAAGGUGAUCUGUGCUAUGUUGAUGCUAUUGCUUUAAAGGGACAGUUAACUCCAACAUUUUUAUUGUUUUAAAUGAUAGAUAAUCCCUUUAUUACCCAUUCCCCAGUUUUGCACAACCAAGUUAUAUUAAUAUACUUUUUACCUCUGUGAUUACCUUGUAUCUAAGCCUCUUCUGACAGACCCCUGAUCUCAUGUUUUAUUUAUUAUCUAUUGACUUGCAUUUUAUCCAAUUAGUACUGUGUUGUGCACAACUUCACGGGCUUGAGCACAAUGUUAUCUAUAUGGCCAACAUGAACUAGCAGUCUCCUGUUGUGAAAAGCUAAUAAAAAAAGCAUACAAUAAAAGGCUCUCUGUAGUCGCUUAGAAACGGGCAGAAAUUUAGAGGUAAUGUUUUAAAGUAUAUUAAUAUAACAAUGUUUGUUGUGCAAAUCUGGGGAAUGGGUAGUAAAUGCAUUAUCUAUCUUUCUAAACAAUAACAAUUUCGGUGUUGACUGUACCUUUAAGGGUUAUUUAAUUUCAAGAAUUUUAACUCUUGAAAAGCCACAUACUCUCUGAAAUGCUGAAUUGUAAAUGUUCACAAAAUCUCUGUAUAUUUUUAAUAUAAUCAGCUUUGUUCUACUGAACAAAGUUCCCUACAUCCCUUAAGUUAUCAAAUUUUAAAACGUAAUAGUGCAACUGUCACAUGUUCAAUAACUUUGGCCAGGACUUGUUUGUCUUCCUCAGAACAAAGUUCUGACGUAAACAAAUGAAUACAAAUUUAAAUCACACGAUUGUUCAUUGUUUUUUUGAUGGGAUUGGGUCAGGGGAAGUGCCUAUGACGGUAGGCACACCCUCCAGACCGCAAUCUCAUUUAGAAAGCGGCUGUGGCUUCAGGACAGCCAAAUGGCUAGGACGUUCCAUGCAGUCCUAACGGCGCUAAAGCCAAGCGCACUUAGGAUGGGAUGGAACGUCCUAGCAGCGUGAAAGGAUUCAAAUUUAUUUAUUUAUGUUCAAGGUAAACAAGUGAGUUGCAUAGAAACACUAGUAUUAUUAUAUUUGCUUUUUUGUUUUUUAUAUAUUAAGGCUUCAAAUUAAUGCCCCAACAGUUGAAAUGAUAAUGUACAAAUUUGCAAUACCUCACACUUUAUGCCAACUAUUAGCAUUCCUCCCCCUAACCUAAGUUAGACAAAAAAACAAAUCUUAUAUGGGUUGAUUUUGCAGUUUUUGAGCCAAAUUUAUGCCUUUUGUGUUCCUGUUUGCAACUCAGAUAUAUCUAAUUUAAUUGAAAACUCUAGGUUCAGCAGAUUUGCAGUGUGAUAUACUUCUAGUAAUUUUGUACCCCAUGAAUAGACUUUCAUUCCAAUAACGUCUUCAGCAUCUCAGUCGGUGAAAUUAGCAGAUAUAGAAUACAUUUAUCUCCAACUGUUGAGAAGAUCAAAUCUGACAUUAGCAAAGGUGAAUCUUGUUUUUUUUUUUUUUCUGAAAAAAAUAAUAAUAAAUCACAUUUUUCAUUAAAAAAAUAAAA